AUGAGACCCGAUCGGCCUUCGUUUCGGCAGGUCGGCAGGGAGAAGAGGGGGAAGCUGCGCUCCGGGCCGCUCACGGGGCAGCGGACUGGUGCGCCGACGGCUGCCGCAUCGAUUCCGAGCAAGUUUGAGACGACGCUAUGCCCAAACACGGGGGCGCGCAAGGGCUUUGGCUCUUGCGCACACCGCUUCACCGAGGUUGAAAACGACCUGCCCGGACCAGGGUCGUACGAAUCCGCGCGCGCGGCUGUCCGCGAUGAUCGCGUCUACUCGAAGAAAGGCCUCGGUGUCGGCUUUGUGUCCAAGACGCAACGCAAGAGCUUGGUGCCGCGCAACUACACGCCCGCUCCGGGUGCCUAUGAGGACCCGCGGUCCUUCUCACGCGAGCUGCGCUCGCGCUACGCCGCCGGCGGUGGUACAUCGUCCUUCAGGCCACCGUCACAGCGGCCUGUGGAGGCGCCCGAUGCGCUCGAGGCACGGCAGUCUGCCAUCCGAAUGCACGAGCGAUUGAAAGCAGAGGCGCGCGUGGCAGCCGUCGCCAAGGCGGAGGCGCGCCAACAAAUGGGGUUUGCGCAACGCCGCGCUGCGCCACCACAGCCCACCUCGAGGCAGUCCACUCCGGCGCCCGGUCAGUACGAGCCGCGUCGGCUGCCAGAAGGAGGACACCUCGCGUCGUCGGGGCUCCCUGGCCCUGGCCAAUACCAGACCGACCCACCCGCGCUGCAGCGGGCGCUUCCGGCGGAACGGCGCGACACUGCCCUCAUCUCGUCUCCCGCAUUCAUGUCCAACAGCGCGCGAAUCGGAGGGCAGGCGCCAGCGCCAGGAGCUGGGCCGAGUGAGGCUGCGACCGGCGCGGCGCCGGCGGCAGUUGUGAGGACCUACCUGGUGAGCAACGGGACGGAAUGGCUCAUGGAAUGGGGACACGCCAAAUUCGCCGCGUUCCAGCGGAAUUAUCUCACCGUCUACGCCCUCAUGAUCGCCGGCGACUGGCUUCAGGCAAAGCCGGGCCCUUACGUGUACAGGCUGUACGACUACUACGGGCUCGCUCUGUGA